AUGGUGGUGGCAGACCUGUUUCAAGCUAACACACAAGACUGGGACUUGAAUGCAAUUGAAAGGGAACUACCAGAACUGGUGGACACGAUCUUAAGUAUCAAGCCGAGCAAACAAGGGGCCCCAGAUAAGCUAUUCUGGAUUCACACAAAGGAUGGAGUCUACACAACAAAGUCUGGGUAUAUUGCAGCAGUGGAGAUUCAAAAUGAGAAAAAAGCAAGACACCAGCGAGAUCAAGGGACAAACUGGAAUAAGGGAGUAUGGAACUUGAAAACUGCUCCUAAGGUUCAACUACUGAUCUGGAAGGCACUCAAAGGGGCUUUACCAGUGGGAGAACAAAUGCAAAUCAGACAGCUACGUUUUGAUCCGCACUGUAAGCGCUGUGGAAAUCUUGAAUCUAUUAAUCAUCUCAUUUUUCAAUGUGACUUUGCGAUGAAAGUAUGGAAGGCUGCGCCCUUUGCACAAGAUAUUGAUAGGAGAGGAUUAUUAGAUUUGGAAAAUGAUUGGAUGAGAAUCAUUGCGAUCCCAUGUUUGCUCCCAGUUGGUAUCACAACGGCUUCUUUGGCCCCAUGGAUUGUCUGGGCACUAUGGACUGCAAGAAACAACUUGAUCUUCAAUGAUAAAGGGUCCACCACAGAGCAGGUCCUAACAAAGGCAAUCGUUGCAGCAAAGGAAUGGCAAAACGCUCAGACUAGAGAAGUUCAGAAUCACCAGCCUAAAAGACAGACGGAACCUCCCCCAUGCUACGGGGUAGUAGUGCAGACAGACGCGGCUUGGAUAGACAGCUCCAGAAUGGCGGGAUUAGGAUGGAUUAUUAAGAAAGCAGAUUGCACCCAGAGCUUCCACAACAUCAGCUCCUUCGUCGCCUCUCCUCUGAUGGCUGAAGGACUCGCAAUGAGGUAUGCUAUAAGAAAGUGUAAAGAGCUGGGGAUCCGGCGCUUCCGAUGCGAAUCGGACUCUACUCAACUGAUUAAAGCCCUCAACUCAAAGAUGGAACCUCCAGAGCUCUAUGGAAUUAUUGCGGACAUCCGCUUAGAUUGUACUACCUUUGACUCUGUUUCCUUUAUUUGGAUACCUCGGCUGAGGAAUGUUGAUGCUGAUCGAUUAGCGAAACAGGCAUUGAACCGUGUAGCAGUUUCUACUGCAUAA